AUGGUUGUCUCCUCUAUGCAGCAUCAUCCCCACCACUCGCAGGGUCCGGCGCCUCCCCAGCACCUGCAGCAUUCUCGACCCUCGAGUAUUGUUCACCAGCAACAUCACCAGGCACCCCCAGCGCCAUCUCAGCAUCCCUCGGCGUAUUCAUCGACUCAUUCACUCCAAGCCUAUCAGUCCGCCGCACAAGCAGCCCAAGCCGGCGCACACGCCCCCAGCGCACAACACGCGCAGGACCUGCCCUACUACGCUCACCAGCAGAGCCCUUACAGUACGCCAGGGACGACCAGCGGAUAUACGUCCGCAGCUAAUCCAUCCGCAGACACCUCCGAGAUGAUGGCCGCGGCUCAAAUGCCUCGACCCUACCCGCCGAUGUCAUAUCAUACACCUCAGUCAAACUCUCCAGCUUCCGUCGCGUCCCCGUCAGGCCAUGACCAGCACCGCAGUAUCUAUGGACAGCCGCCAUCGCAACUGCAGCACCAGUCUAUGUACUAUGGCACGCAACAACCGCAAUACUCCUCCAUGCCACCGCAGGCGCCUUCUCCGUAUCAACAGCAUGCUCAGCAACCGCAUCAGUCCAUGACAUCGCAGCCCAGCAUGAUGAUGUCUCAGUCAGGGUCCCAGCAUCAGAUGGCGCAGCAGCACAACAGUCAACAUGCGCAACCGGGCAUGACGGGGAGCCCGAGGCACACCAAGAUGGAACCGCAAAUGCCACCGCAGUUGCAACGCCCCUCAUCAGGUCCUUUGGGCACGCCCCAAACGAAUCAAAAUGGUAGUGGCCAGCUCACGACGCCCACAGGCCCGCCCACACCAGGCCUGAACAACAAUAACGCGGCCCCGGGCCCGAUCCCGGCAACGACCCCAUUAGUGGUGCGACAGGACGGUAACGGUGUCCAGUGGAUCGCUUUCGAAUACUCUCGAGACCGGGUCAAGAUGGAAUACACCAUCCGCUGUGACGUUGAGUCUGUCAACACCGAUGAACUGUCUGCCGAUUUCAAGACCGAGAACUGCGUGUACCCGAGAGCAUGCUGCGCCAAGGAUCAAUACCGCGGCAAUCGUCUCCAAUAUGAGACGGAAUGCAACACGGUCGGAUGGGCCCUAGCUCAGCUCAACGCGUGUCUUCGAGGAAAGAGAGGCCUCAUACAGAGAGCUGUUGACAGCUGGCGAAACAGCAACCAGGACCCGAGACUGCGGAGUCGACGCGUGCGACGCAUGGCCAAGAUGAACAAUCGCAAGGCGGUCCAGUCUCCCCAUGCCGCACACAUGUCCGGUCCUAGUGGCCCGGCAGGGAUGUCAACCCCUGGAGCCAUGGGCCCUAGUGCCGGGACGCCUAUGGGGAAGCCUGGGAUGAGCAACAUGGGCCCGUCGAUGCAUCACCACGCUCACGAAGGGGGUGCUCAGGGCGGAGGGGACGAAGUCGGCGAUGAUGAGUACAUGGAUGAUGACUCGCAUCAUCAUCACCACCAGGCACCCAGUGGACCGGGGUCGGGCAAUUCGGAUGAUGUUCGACCAGCCCAUGUCUUCUCCGGCUACCCCCAGCAAUACCCUGGUCAUGCCACAUCCGGAUCCUCCAUGCCGCCCAUCCACGACGGACCCCACCACGGUGCCAUCGCGGCUCGGCGUCAGGCUAAAGAAGAGGACGAUGUGAGUCCGGACGGCCUGUUCCCCGAUAUUCCCGAGGCCAAAAAACGAAAGUUCAUUCUCGUGGAAGACAACAAACGUGGCUGUCGGCUGCGCGUACGCGUCACACUGGAGUCCGUCGACACCAAGGAGAUCCCUGACUCGUUCCGCAAGAGCUCCUCGGUAUUCCCGCACAGCUAUUUCCCGCGUGAGAUGCAGAGUCCGCCACCUAGCGCGACUGGCAGCAAGUUCUUCCAGGAGGAUCUGAGCGAUGACGAUGGUGUAGAAGUCGACGGCGGCCGAACAGGACGCUCGAGGGGUCAUAACACCCGAGAACGCCGUAUGGUAAAGGUUCCCAUGUCUGAUGGCAGCGAGGGCGAGGUCGGCAUCCCGAGAACGAGAAAGGCCACUCGUGGAAAGGAGGUUCGGCUCAACGAUCUGGGCUACCGAAUGGCGUGGUUGCAGAGCCGUGUCUUUUCUGGGAGGACCAUCUUCUUACAGCGAGCUUUGGACAACUAUCGCAACAAGACGCGCCAGGCUAUCGAUAAUGUCAUGCAAGACGUCAAGACCGCGGCACCUCACUACGAAACCCGCAUCGGCAAGAGAAAGUGGACUGAGCGAAUGGGUAGUGGCGAUAAGCGGGACAGCUCUUAG